AUGCAGUACAUUGUGCUUGUCGUUUUGCUCUCUGCCUGUGUGCUGGCUGAUGGUAAGAAGGAUUUAUAAAGAUUUUGCAGCUACUAAUUAAAAAACAGACAAUAGACAAACUUCUGCCUUUCUUUUAGUGUAUCAAUAUUGACAUAUUUACCUAUGUUUGCAUCUCUUGGGCCCACAGUCCAGCCUUCAUACUACUCCAUUUCCCCAUCAGUGGGUUUAGGAAGUGGCACCACGUACAGUCUGACAGGAGAAGGCAGAAUCACUGCUAUCAGAGUGUGGGAGUUAAACAAUGACAUCUAUGGGUAAAUAUCUCACAGAUUUACAUUUUUUAUCAAUUUCAAUAAAGUUCACAAUAAUUUUUCCUAUCGCUGAAUUUACUCUGCAAAUUAUCCAGUCACUCUUGUUGCUCUGCCAGGGCUGCUGCAUUGCCCUGCACCUAACUGUGCUCUCCACAUGUUAAAGAUUUUACUAUUCUUAGUUUUUUAAUCUCACUGGUUUUAUUUUUGUACAUUUUUAAUACAUUGACGGAUUGUGUCCUUUAAGAUUUAUCCAAACCUUUCCUGUCUACUUUAGAUUAACACUGCAUAUUAUGUUUUAAUGUUUGAACACUUGUUUCUUGUGUUCUCCUUCUCUAGUUUCCAGUUCCGUUAUGGCCGCAGCUGGUCUCCUGUUGCUGGUUACAAUGGUAGCAAUGUCCAGGAGUUUGAGUUAUACGAAGGAGAAACCAUCACUCAGAUCUCUGGGAAGUAUGGCCGCUUUAUUCAGUGGCUAGUGUUUGGCACGAGCAAAGGCCGCAAACUGUUCACAGGCCAGCCUUCAGGGAGAUCCUUCAACUUGUUUCCAACCAACAGCCAGAUGGAGCUGCGCUACGUCAGCGGGCGCUAUAGUGGAUGUAUCACCUCCAUCCAAGCCCACUGGGGUGUGUUUUGUGAGUCAUCUAACAGCACAGAUUUAAUUUGAGAACUGGUGGAAGAACCCUUUUAUUUCCCAAACAAUUGAAAGUUAACAAAUCAGAGAAGAAACCUUUUAGUACUCAAAUGGUACAAAACUAUUUCUGACCCUGAUCUUCUUGACUUUUAUGUCAGUGCAUUUAUAACACUAAUGAAAUGCAGAUUUUCAUAUUAAUCAUAUUGUGUGUUUAUUGUAAGAUAUUUUGAUUCUGACCUGUUUCUUUUGCACCCUGUAAAGUUGAUAUUUGUUUAUAUAAAUGUUUGCAGAAAUUUAAAAAAAAUGUGAUUCUUAAAGUUUUUCACACGUUGAAAGUUUUCUGUCCUUUCUGCCUUCUUUAAAAAUAAAACAAGUGAAAUACAUGAGACUUUUUUGUUUUGUUUUCCAUUAAAUAAAACAAGGAAACUAUUAUCAGUACAAAAUAACAAUAAAAAAAAUUGCAUAAAUGUAUUAAAAAGAGGAGAAAACACUAAUAUUCCAUCAUAUGUUGUUUCUGUUUUUGUAUUUGUGCAAGUAAUGUCCAGUCAGGAGAUCUCUAACAGAUUAGAUUCGAGAUAUCAUUCAAAAACAAGUAUAUGAUGAUGUUAAGUCCUACCCAAAAAACUUUAAUCAGACCUUCACAAACAUAACCCAUGUUAGCCAAUUCACUAACUUAAAAUCAUUCAGUAAAUUUUCAUGUUUAAUAAAAAAAAUCAUUUUUAGCUUGUUACUAUUAAUCUUUGCCUCUCUGUAUUUUUGCUAUGUUUUUGUAAAGUGUCUUUGAGUUCCUGUAAAAGCACUAUACAAAUGAAAUGUAUUAUUAUAAUUAUUUUUAUUAUUAUUAUUAUUAUUAUUAUUAUUAUUUGACUUCCAUUUUUACUUCACUGUUAACCUUUUCUUUUUUGCCUCAUUGUUGUAGUAAAAACUCUGAAAACCUUUCUUCAGCUAUGAACUUUAUUUAUCUCAUUAAACAGCAACUUUAAUACUAAUUAUAUCCACCUGGUCGUGCUCCUGCGUGGAAAUAUUGUUGUCUGAAAGCUGACAAAAAAAAAAAAAAAAGAAGUGCGCAGCUUCUUAGAAAUUACAAAAUGUAUGUGUAAAAGUUGAGGUAAACAAAAAGUCUUUCCAGAUGUCAUAUCAAGACACCCCAACAACCAUAUUUUAGUUGAAGGCCAUAAGUCCGAUGAUAAAAUAUAUGACUAUGAUUACUUUGAAAAUAUGUUUGUCUGCUCGGUUGAGUUGCCAGUUCAAGCAGCCAAUGUAAACAGCCUAGCUCAAUUUGCUAAUUUCUCAUUGGUGCCUGUUUUCUAACCAUUGCUAGUAAUUCAGUUUGCAAGCUAAAUAGACAAUAUUAUAUCUAAAUGUUAGCCAAUGAAUCCCAAUUUAUAUGUGUAAACAUCUAAGCUGUACCCUUUAUACUUUUUGACAUAGAGCUGUCUGGAGCCACUCAUGCAGAUCUGAAUGGCAGAUUAGUGCCACUCAUUUGAUUAGUAAGCACUGCUGUUGUACAAAUGGUCAUAGUAUUGUAUGUAUGAAUGUAUGUAUUGUAUGAAUAAUUGAUUAAUUAUAUGUCACAUUUUCUAUUUUCAAUACAUGGUUUGACUCACACACACACACACACACACACAACUACUCAUGUCCGGUUGUGUUUAGAGUGGAUGAUGGUGAAGAGUGUGGUGGCAAUGAGGUCCCUGCCUUCCUGGUUAGUACUCUGGUUAGGGAUUGAUUCUCUCUAUCACACGUACAGCUCAGAUGAUCUGCACAUGCUCCUGUGUUAAGCACGGCAGCCAUUGAGCCUGAAGGUGAAUAGCAGGGAUGCCUUGCUUGAAGGCCAAGUGGUAAAUGAGGCUUUGUUUCCUUCAUUUAAACCACUUCAUAAGUUGUUUUGGAAACAUUCUUUACCUCUAUUGCCUUCUCUGCAUGAUUGACAGAUCAUGACACACCCUUUAAUUAAAACACGGUCACUGACACACCAGUAGAGCAUCAUAUUUACUGUAAAGGCUAGUUCCUGAAACUAAAUCAACCAACAGAACCUGACAUGUGUAAAUGUGUCGAGGGAUGUGUCACGUUGGUAUAUAAGCAACCAUCCUGCUCACACUGAGGCAGAUUUCACAAAGGACAGGAGAACACUGAAGCCUUGACACUUUCAAACCUGAUCUGUGAGUACUCAUGCGAACAUGUUCAGAAUUAAUUAUUAAUAACCUGUGAUAAAUGAUUUGAAGAUACCUGACAAAAUAUCCUUGAUUGAAGACUUGAUUGUUGCUAUUUUUGUUAUCAUGGAUGCAACACUUCUAGCACUACUUGAAGCAUUGAUUAAAAAAAAAAAAACAAGUACUCAAAUUCAACUUCAAAUAGUUUGAACAACAGCAACAGCAAAAGCAAUUCAAUAAAUUGUAAUAAUGAUGAUGAUAAUGUAUAACUAUUACAUCGUUUAAAGGUAUUUCUUGGCUACCGUGGAAGAAAUACAAGAGUUCCAGGUAAGAAUUCUUUCAUUUUUCUGCAGAUAAAACUCACUAAAAUGUUCUGGGUAAAAAAGUAAUUCAUCGAUCUGCCUCGUUUUCUUCUGAUCCACAGAAUGCGUCAAAUUGUGCUUGUUGCUCUGCUCUCUGCCUGUGUGCUGGCUGAUGGUAAGAAGGAUUUAUAAAGAUUUAUAAAGUUUCUCCCUUUUUUUCCCCGCUCAAUGUUGACAUAUUGAUUGAUGUUUGCAUUUCCUGUGUCCACAGUCCAGCCUUCGUACUACUCCUUCUCCCCAUCAGUGGGUUCAGGAAGUGGCAACACGUACAGCCUGAGAGGAGAAGGCAGGAUCACAGCUAUCAGAGUGUGGGAGGCCAACAGCAACUAUAUCUAUGGGUAAAUAUCUAACAGAUUUACAUUUUUAUCAAUUUCAAUAAAGUUCACAAUAAUUUUUCCUAUCGCUGAAUUUACUCUGCAAAUUAUCCAGUCACUCUUGUUGCUCUGCCAGGGCUGCUGCAUUGCCCUGCACCUAACUGUGCUCUCCACAUGUCGAAGAUUUUGCUAUUCUUAAUUUUUGAAUCUCACUGGUUUUAUUUUUGUAAAUGUUUAAUGCAUUGACGGAUUGUGUCCUUCAAAAUUUACCCAAAACAUUCUUGUCUACUUUGAAAUAACACUGCGCACUAUGGAGUUAUGAUGUUUGAACACUUUUUUCUUGUGUUCUCCUUCUCAGUAUCCAGUUCCGUUAUGGUUACAUCUGGUCUCCUGUUGUUGGUUACCAAAACGGCUAUGUACAGGAGCUUGUGUUAUUCGAAGGAGAAACCAUCACUCAGAUCUCUGGGAAGUAUAGCCACUAUAUUCAGUCGCUAGUGUUCAGCACGAGCAAAGGCCGCAAACUGUUCGCAGGCCAGCCUUCAGGGAGAUCCUUCAACUUUUUUCCAACCAACAGCCUGACGGAGCUGCGCUACCUCAGCGGGCGCUUCAAUGGAGGUAUCACUUCCAUCCGAGCCCACUGGGCCGUGUUUUAUGAGUACUAUAACAGCACAGGGUUAGUAGAGGCAUAAGGUUCUCUAGUUUCACUAUUUUGGUGUGUGUCUGUCACAAAGAUUAAUGAUAAACAAUACAGGGAGACCUGAACCAGCUUUGCCAGAACCCUUUAGAACUGGUGGAAGAACCCUCUUAUCGCCAAAACAGUUAAACUUAAGAAAAAAUCAAAGAGGAAACUUUUUGGUACACAAAUGGUACAAAAGCAUUCGCUCAUCCUGAUCUCCUCGACCUUAAUCUAAGGGCAUUUAUCACACAAAAUGCUCGUCACCAUAUUGAUCAUAUUGAUUGUUUAUUAUAAGACAUUUUGAUUCUGAUCUGUUUCUUUUGCUUUCUGUCAAGUUGAAAUCUUCUUACAUAAAUGUAUGUGGAAAAUAAAAACACUGUGAUUGUGAAAGUCUUAUUUUUUACACGUUAAAGUUUCCUGUCCUUUCUGUCUUCUUUACAAAUAAAACAAGUCAAAGGCUUUGUUUUGUUUUCUCUUUUUAAUAUAUUUUUCUGCUGUUUUAAUCUUUCUGCAUGGUCAAAUUAUGUACUUUCUUUACAUAGUUUAGGAUAUCUGUACUAAUUAGAUUUUCAUUCAGAAAGUUUACAUAUUUAAUAAAAAUCCAUGUAUUCGCUUAGCCUGAUUUUAACUGGACUUAUAAUUACCAUUUGACUUUCAUUAUGCCUUCUUGCUGGAGUUAAAACUCAGAAAACCUUCCUCUUACUGUUUAACUUUUUUAUCUCAUUGAAUAAUGAAUGUAACACCGUUUGUAUCUAAGAGAAAUACUGUAGUCUCAAAGCUGACAAAAAUAAAAAUAAACAGAAUAGAGUUUGAGCUGCGCAGUUCCUGAGAAAUGACAAGUACUGUGUAAAAGUUGAGGUAAACAAAAAGUCUUUCUAGAUGUCACAUCAAGACACGCCAACAACCAUAUUUUAGUUGAAGGCCAUAAGUCCGUUGUUAAGAUAUAUGACAAUGUUUACUUUGAAAAUAUGUUUGUCUGCUCGGUUGAGUUGCCAGUUCAAGCAGUCAAUGUAAACAGCCUCGCUCAAGUUGCCAGUUUCUCAUUGGUGCCUGUUUUCUAACCAUUGCUGGUCAUUCAGUUUGUAAGCUAAAUAGACAUAAUUAUAUUCAAAUGUUAGCCAAUGAAUCCUACUUUAUAGAUGUCAAAUCUAAGUUUUAGCUUUUACACUUUUUGAGAUAGAGCUGUUUGAAGCUACUUACGCAGAUCUGGAUGGCAUAAUGGUGCCAUUCACUGCGUCAGUGAGCACUGUUGUUGAACAAAUGGUCGUAGCUCAAACAAUAUUCCCCAUACAGCUUCAAUGCAUAUAUUAUAUGAAUCAAUGAAUUGAUAUAAUAUGUCAGAUACUCAGUUUGUAAGACAUAGUUUGACUCACACACAUACAUCUACCCAAAGCUCACUAGAUAGGUAAAUGAAGGUUCCUCCUUUAAAUAUGUAUGAAGAUGUGUUAUUGUCUGUGUGGGCUCAACAUUCACAGUAAACACUUGUGGCAUGAACAUCGAGGUGGUGACAUUGUAUAAAUAUCUAGGUGUACACCUGGAUAAUUAGUUAGAUUGGUCUCAGAACAUCGACUUCAUCUCCAAAAAAAGGCCGUGCUGCUUCUUUUGCCUGAGAAGACUCCGAUUAUAGACAUCAACGGUUCAAUGCUGCAGAUGUUUCAUCAGUCUUUGGAAUUUUCCUUUGGGAUUCCUUAGGGGAUUCCUAUCUUAUCUUAUCCUAUCCAGAUCUUGGUUAUCCAAUUCUUCAUUGAAGGGCAGGUGGACUUGUUCUAGGGUCUUCCAAAAGGCUUCUUCAUUUCUACAGUGACCCGGGGCCAAUUUUGGACAUUUAAAGCCUCUGUUGGUCCUCCAGCUGUAAAAGGGGUUGGUGGUCACUUGAGAUAUUCAUAGCUUGGUCACCUGAGAGUUGUUAGAUAGGCUGUUGACCUGGUUCACCUGGAGGAGUGCCCUGCUAGGUUUCUUAAUGUUUGCCAUGCUUGCUUUAUAUUUUCAGCACAAAAGCAUUGUUUGAUUGUUGUUUCAAACAAUCAAAAGAUGAAUUGUAAUUGUUCAAGGAUGGUUUCUCAAGUUUGAUUUGGUUUCUCCUUGACACCUCUUUUAAACUCCAUAUCUUCCCCGGCCAGUAUCUUAACAUUGGUGUUCUUAAAUGUAGACCUGUAUCUUUCAAGUGUCGGUGAACAACUGAAUCCUGGCCAGAAGAGCUGGCUCUCCUGUGCUGGGACAUUUGUUCCUGUAAUGGCUGGUCUGUUUUCCCGGUGUAGGAGUCCCUGCAUUUUGAAGUGCAUGAUAUGUCGUACACCACAUUGACAAUUCCUAGUUGCUUCCACUGCUCCAAUUGUCAGGAUGCAAGUAAACAAGGAAGUGACAUGGUUUCUUCCAUUUGUAGGACAAGGACAAAACCCCCAGACACAAACAAAGGUACGCUGUGAAAUGCACCGACAAAUGGAAGCAAAAAGAGCUAUUACAUAGACGCAUGGCCUAGUACAGGAGAGCCAACUCUUCUGGCCAUGAUUUAGAUGUUCACAUACAUCUGAAGGAUACAGGACAUACCUUUGAGGACGGCAAUGUCAGGAUAACCCUUACCCUUCAGAUUAACUCCAAUAAUGCCCGAAAUCACCCUAGAUUUGAAUGGUCGACCAGCUGGUUGACUGGCAUAUCUGCGUACUGGUUAGUAAUCUGAGAUUGAUUCUCUCUAUCACAUGUACAGCUCAAAUGAUGAGGACAUGCUCCAGUGUUUGGCACAGCGGCCAUUGAGCCUGGAGGUGAAUAGCACAGAUGCAUUUCUUGAACGCCAAGUGGUAAAUAAGGCUUUGUUUCCUUAUUUAAACUUCAUAAGUUGUUUCGGAAACAUUCUUUACUUCUAUUGUGUUCUCUGCAUGAUUGACAGAUUAUGACACACCCUUUAAUUAAAACACCGUCACUGACGCACAAGGAGGGCAUCUUGUUUACCGCAAAGGCUAGUUCCUGAAUCUGUGUCAACCAACAGGAACUGGCAUAUGAAAAAAUGUGUUGAGGGAUGUGUCGCGUUGGUUUAUAAGUAACCAUCCUGCUCACACUGAGGCAGAUUUCAUGAAGGACAGGAGAACACUGAAGCCUUGACACUUUCAAACCUGAUCUGUGAGUACUCAUGCGAACACUUCAGCUAAAGUUAUUCACAUUCAGAAGUAAUUAUUAAUAAUCUGUGAUAAAUAAUGAAGGCAAUGUAAUUAUACUUGAGAAAAUAUGGUUGAUGGAAGAUUUGAUUGCUGCUAUUUUGAUAUUUUUUUGCUAAACAAAGCAUUCAUUCAACUAGAAAAGUACUCAAAUAAGACUUCAAUUGAAUUUGACAGUUUGACUUAUUGAUAUAAAGACUAAUUGAAUUUUCCAUCGGGGAUUAUUGAAGUUCUUAUUCUUCUGUUUAAACAACAACAAUAGCAAAAGCAAUUCAAUAAAUUUCAAUAAUGAUGAUGAUGAUAAUGUAUGACUAUUACAACUUUAAAGGUAUUUCUUGGCUACCGUGGAGGAAAUAAAAGAGUUCCAGGUAAGAAUUCAUACAUUUUUCUGCAGAUAAAACUUAAUAAAAUGUUUUGGGUAAAAAAGUAAUUAAUUGAUCUGCCUCGUUUUCUUCUGAUCCACAGAAUGCGUUACAUUGUGCUUGUCGCUCUGCUCUCUGCCUGUGUGCUGGCUGAUGGUAAGAAGGAUUUAUAAAGAUUUUGUAGCAACUUCUUUAAAAAACAGACAAAUUUCUUCGUUUCUUUCAGCGUCUCAAUAAUUAUGUAUUGACUUGUGUUUUUAUCUCUUGUGUCCACAGUCCAGCCUCCCUUCUACUCCUUCUCCCCAUCAGUGGGUUCAGGGGGUGGCACCUCGUACAGCCUGAGAGGAGAAGGCAGGAUCACAGCUAUCAAGGUGUGGGAGCGCUCCAACAGCUACAUCAAUGGGUAAAUAUCAAACAGAAUUACAUGUUUUAUCAAUUUCAAUAAAGUAGACAACUAACAGAUUUAAAGAAUCUGUAUCUAACCCACAGAAUACAUGAGAGCAAUUUAAGACAGGCAACUCAUGCUGCACUUACAUGUGACAUUCUCACAAUCAUUAUCGCUAUAUUUACGUUGCAAAUUCUCCAGUCACUCUUGUUGUCCUGCACCUGAACUGUGCCAUGCACAUGUUGAUGAGGUCCAAGACUUUACUUGCUGUAAUUGUUGAUCUCACUGGUGUUAUUCCAGUAAAUUUGACAGUAAAUGGACAGUGUUUUUUAAGAUUUAUCCAAACUUUGCUGUCUACUUUGGAUUAACACUGCACAUAAUUACGUUUUAAUGUUUGAACACUUUUUUCUUGUGUUCUCCUUCUCCAGUAUCCAGUUCCGUUAUGACUACAUCUGGUCUCCUGUUGUUGGUCGCCAAAGUGGCGAUUUACAGGAGCUUGAGUUGCACGAAGGAGAAACCAUCAUUCAGAUCUCUGGGAAGCAUAGCGGAUAUAUUCGGUCGCUAGUGUUCAUCACGAGCGAAGGCCGUGCACUGUUUGCAGGCCAGGGAACAGGGAUAUCCUUCAACAUGUAUCCCACCAACAGCAUGGCAGAGCUGCGCUUCCUCAGCGGCCGCUUCAGUUCAUACAUCUCUUCCAUCGGAGCCCACUGGGGUGUGUUUUAUGAGUCCCAUAACAGCACAAGGUGGGCAGGUGGUAUAGGUUAG